AUUAAAGUUUAUGUCAAUAUCAAGUACAAUAACAUUCAUUACAUUUUGUUUUAUCAAAUUAACAAAAUAAUAAAAUAUCCAAUUACUUAAUUUUAAUUACUAUUUCAAAAUGAUGCCGGCACGGAUUGGUGGGAUGCAUAUAGCGAAUGAAAACCCUUUAGGGCUUUCAUGGCACGAUUCUGCGUGGAUACCUUUAUUAACACCCUCCAAUAUUAUGGAUUACUUCUCAGAAAAAUCAAAUCCAUUCUUUGAUCGAACAUGUAAUAAUGAAGUAGUGAAAAUGCAGCGGUUAAGUAUGGAUCAGCUACAAAAUAUGACUGGCUUGGAAUAUAUUCUUUUACAUGUGCAAGACCCUAUUUUAUAUGUCAUAAGAAAACAGCAAAGACACAGUCCACAACAUGUCAUUCCUCUUGCUGAUUAUUAUAUUAUUGCUGGAAUUGUCUACCAAGCACCUGAUUUAGCAAGUGUUUUGAAUUCUAGAUUGCUAUCAGCAGUACAUCACUUACAAUGUUCAUUUGAGGAAACCAUGAUGUAUUCUAAAUAUCAUCCGAGCAAAGGAUAUUGGUGGGAUUUCAAAGCAAAUAAAGCGGGCUCAAGUCCAUUUAACUCUGCCCAGUCUGCUCCUAAAGAAGUUAGUACUGGUCCAAAAGAGGAGCCUUCAACUCUCUUUCAACGUCAAAGGGUGGAUAUGUUGCUUGCCGAGUUAGUGAGACAGUUUCCAUUGCCAGUUAUACCAACAACAUCUAGCCAGACCAACGGUGUAACAGUGAAGACAGAGAAUAUGACGGAUAAGGAAAAACCAAUAGAAAGUAACAAUGUAAACAAUAUAACAAUCAAACAAGAACCCAUCGACCCUGUUAACACUGAAAUGACUAAUGGCUCAAUGCAAGGACAUAUUGAAAUAAAAACAGAAAUCAAACAGGAAAACAUGAAACCUCCACCAGAGAAGAAACCUAGAAAUAUGUAAGCUUUGAAAAAAAUGAGUAACUUCAUAGAAAUAAUUUCUUGGUUACAUAGAUCUUAAAAAGCUUAACUGGAAAAAUGUAAACACACGUUGGAACCCAUGAAAGCAUUCCAGCACUGAUUUUGAUAGCUGGACUGGAAUAAAGUAAACUAACAUGGGCAUAAGGAAAUAUCUAAGAAAAACAUUAUUAAAAAUUAGAAAAUGCUUUCCUACAUACUAAAUUGUUACAAGGAGACAGUUUAGAUAUUGGAAAAGGUGUGCAAAAUAGUAGUAAGCUUAAUAAUAAUAUUUGGGUUUGAUAAGUUGUAAUAAAGUUAUACUUCUUUU